GCGUGCAGGGUACGCUUUUGCCACAGCUCUUGGGCGGGACCAUGGACCCCGAUACAGAUGCGCUGUUGCAUGUGAAGAGAACUCUGCCUGCUGAGUACGAGCUCGGAGAACUCGAGGUGCACAGAGGGGCUCCACGAAAGUACCGCAUUGGUCUGAAAGCAAGACACAGCAGCCAGGCCGGCCAGCCGUUACUUCAGUGGCACAGCCGGACGUUCACCACGAAGAGUGCACGUCGCAGAGACAGAGCCGCCGAGUCUCAAGCAUGCAGAACCAUCACAGCGCAAACAUGGUUAGACCUUGCAGCAAAGACCAUCCAGCAUGAAGCGAUCCAGCAACCACCCUCCCGGGUUACAACGGGUGUCAGACUUGCAGCUCCCGCACCUGGUUCUCUUCAAGAACCUGGUGUUGGAGGCGCCGAAAGGUUGCGAGAAGGGUGCGGCGGCGCCAGAGAGGGCGCCGGGAGGAAGAAAGGAAGCCAAGGAAAGAGGGCCCGGCGAGAAAGAGCUACCGUGACUGCCUAG